AUGACCGAGCUACAAUUUCAGCCCCCGACCAGCAGCGAACUGUCCACCUACUCCAAAGCGUUCCAGGGUCUCGGAGCCAGGAUGAUUCAGCAAUCCGACCAGAGUCCCCCAUCGACGGCAACAGGGAUGGAGAUGGAACCAAUGGCAGGCUCCAAAAGAAAGGAGGUGGCGCAGGAGACGGCGCCAAUGCUGGUUACGGAAGCAGCGUCGAAGCUUCAGAAGAAGGGACCUGGAAGGGGCAAGGGCAAGGCCAAGACCAAUGCCGGAACCUCCCAGUCAUCGCAAUCUCAGCUCACCAAUCUGGUGCACACCAUCGCGAGACUAUCGAUUCGACACGAAGAUGCAUUGGCGGCGCAAAGACUCAAUCAAGCCUACGUGAUGUUUUUGCAAAUCAAAUCCGCAGGGGAGCUCCAGUCGCUCGUAUCCCCCCUGUACACGGCGUCACAGACGUUCGACACAGAGAAGGAGAUGGGCAAAGCCAAGUAUCCGAAACGGGUGAUCCUGGUCAGCCUAGUGCUUCGGGAGCUGCUAUCUCGCGUGGACAUCCUGAUGAAGAACGACGACGCGAUGCGGUCCGCGGUGCAGGCACAGUUGCUGGUCAAGGACGAGGACGACGAUCCGUGUUGGCCCUACUUGCAAUGGGAUCCCGACAGUCGCCAGGAACUCCGCAACCAGGAUCGGGAGCCCAUGAAGCUGGAGCGGUGGCAACGCAAAAUGCAGAGUGUGAUAGGCCUUCUGACGGGGGAGACGGUUCUACGAUGUCAGCCCAGCCGGAAGCUGACGGCCAACAUGGAGGGCGACCAGGUGGCUCUGUUCCUCGAGAUCGGCACCGUGGGCGAAGCGGAGCAAGACCUUCACCGCCAUCUUCGGGACAUGUGCGACCUCUCGGUGUGGAAGAUGGUACUGGGACGGUUCCGACGGGAUCGUCUUCAGCGGAACCCCCUGGCGAACCGGGUCAUGGAGCUUCUCCCGGACAACGCCUGA